UACUGUGUUUUGUGUUGACUUCAGUUGCUCUGUCAUCCACAGUAAUUAUGACAACUUAAUCUGAGUGGUCUACGUUACAGGUACUUGCAGAACAACAAGAUCAUAUCGGUUACACCUGGAACAUUUGCUGACCUGCGAACCCUCCAUACCUUGUACUUGGAUGGUAACAAUGUACAGGCCCUUGACGCCACAGUUUUUGAAAGUUUGAGCGUCCUCCAAGAAUUGUAUACGGACUCCUUCAAAAUCUGCUGCAUGGCCACGCAUGUACCUGUCUGCCUACCGGCUGGCGACGAGUUUUCCUCCUGCAACAACCUUCUCGACGACACCAUCCUCAGUCCCGUCCUCUGGAUUCUCGGACUCACGUCUUUCUUCGGCAACGCCUUCGUCAUCAUCUGGUGUCUCCGGACCAAGGAGAAGAGCAGGAUCGUCUCCUUUCUCGUUUUGAACCUCGCCAUCGCGGAUUAUCUGAUGGGCGUGUAUAUGCUCAUUAUCGCCGCUGUGGACAUCUACUAUCGCGGACAGUAUAUAAGUUAUGACGACUAUUGGCGAUACAGCAGCUUGUGCCAAUUCGCUGGCUUCUUGUACAUCGUUUCCGUUGAGAUGUCGCUCUACGCUCUUACCAUUAUAACUAUCGACAGAGUCAUUAGCGUGUACUGUGCCAAACACCUCCGCGUGAGAUCUGCCUGCCUGAUCAACGGGCUCGGGUGGCUCAUCGCUGGCGUCCUCGCCAUCCUGCCGGUGUUAGGAUUACCGUACUUCAAGGGAGAGUUCUACGGGCGAACAGGCGUGUGUCUACCGAUCCGCUUGACAAACAUGUUCGGUACAGGAUGGCAGUACGUGGUUACCAUCUUCGUGGCCGUGGAUUCCGUGCUGGUGCUGAUCCUGAUGGCCUGUAUGAUGACUCUCCUCGUGGCGACGCGUUGGAAGGAGAAACUGACGGCUACAGCCGGGGAAAAGAUCGCGUACGAGCUGUCCACAGCCUACCGCCUGACAUGGAUCAUCGUCCCGGACCUUUUCACGUGGACACUGUUCACAGUACUCGGAAUUUCCUCCCUCUGCGGCAUCCAGAUCCUCCCCUCUCUUUCCGCCUGGACAAUAAUGUUCGUCUUACCGAUCAACGCCGCGAUGAACCCCUUCCUGUACCUCGUCUCCUUCCUGAGGAUGAAAACACGCAAGACACACCACAUAUCCAAGUUCCUGUGCAACAACCAGGGCUUUACUGUGGAGCUGCCCAAGCACAACAACGACAACGGUUUGAUGGUCGGUACCGAAAUGUCUGAUCUGAAAGUACCGACCACUUUCAUAAGCGACUCGAACCACCCUACAUCGGAGCUGCGUGAGUUUAUCCAGACGGUGGACUCGGAGCCCUGCAACCCGCCGCCCCGGGUGGUCCGUGUGGUGGCGGACCUCGGAAGCCAGGUAGGCCACGCGGGUCUCUCCACCAUCGAACGGCAGCGGCUGCCGGAGAUAACAACAUUCGCUGGGCAGAGAACCGAGAUUGAUCAGUCCAAGGAGCGUGUGACGACGGAGAUGCGUGUGCUGAAGAAGAUAAGCAAUCUUGGCGGUCAUCCUAAUAUCGUCAGACAGCUUAUCAAGAUGAACGAAAACGGCAGCCAUAUAACAUGGAUCCUCUACACGGAGAAUGACCACGACCGUCUCCAGGACAUUGCCCCUCAGCUGACCAUGGAUGAGGUCCAGACCAUCUCUCACCAGAUCUCAUACGCGCUCAACUUCCUGCAUGAAAACAACAUACGCUUAAACGGAAUCUCAUUGGACAACAUUCUGGUGGAAAGGAAACCCGAACUACGAGCCGUCAUCUCGGAUUUCUCGAACGCAGAAGAGAUGAGUUCUUUCCGAAUGUCGGACAACGAUAUCGCAAAGGACAUCAAAGACUGGGAGGACAUCAGAAGCACCCUUGUAUAGUCCUCCACGAAAUUUACUUCUUAGGCCACACCAAUUUAAUUUCUUGGUUAACGGAUUUUUUUAGAAAAAUAAUGGAGCGG